GGUUGACUGACGUGUCUAGAAUCGUCACUGAGCUCACUCAUUGUGGUAUCAUUUUUACUUUUCCAUCGCAGCAGUUCUUACCUUAACCAGACGCACAACCGAAUACUUAUACAUAUAGGAAUUUUAAGCCUGUAAGUGACAUUUGGUGACAUUGGGAACCAAAGACGAGUUCAAAAAACAUCAACAUGAGUUACGGCUAUCAAACAACGCCGUCCCAAAGACAAAAGCCACCAAUUUCUUUCGGACUUCCUCCAGGAACACCAUCAGCUCCUCCAAGUGCUCCACCUUAUUCACAAGUUCCUACAGCUUUUGGUAUGACUCAAACACCCACACCGUAUCCAAACGCUCAUCCAUCACAACCAACUCCUUACUCCAACGCACCUCAACCUUUUAUGCCUCAGCCUUCCAUGCCUCAAGCCCAUUCAGGUCAAGCUUAUUCAUCUAACCAACCAUACCCAUUACCACAGCCACAUCAACAUCAGCCAUAUCCAUCACAGCCACCUCAACACCAGCCAUAUCCAUCACAGCCACCUCAACACCAACCAUAUCCAGCACAGCCACCUCAGACUCAAUCAUCCCUGCCAUCUCAGAAUCAACCAUAUUCAUCUCAACAAUACAUGCAAAAUCAUUGUGGCUUAGCCCAAGGUUUGUAUCCAAAUUUGGGUACCCCAGGAAUAUCUGAUCCCUCCCGUCCUAUGCACGGUAACAGUUUUCCUCACCAGGGUGGAGCCUAUUCGGGGGGUCAGGGUAGUGGUGGGAGCUUUAGCUACGGAGGACAUGUACCACAUAUUCCACAGGCCCCUCGAAUGGGGCCCCAAACUAAGCUUUUUGAAUUCAAAACAUUGUAUGGCAAGGAUCUGGUUGAAGAUUUAAAAUCUGAAACAUCUGGUAACUUUGAAAAUCUGUUGGUUGCAAUGAUGACGCCUUUACCGGAAUAUUACGCAAAAGAGUUGCACGAUGCCAUGAGUGGAAUUGGUACCGACGAAAAUGUUUUGAUCGAAGUGCUGUGUACUAUGUCAAACCAUGAAAUUAACGUCAUCAAACAAGCUUAUCAAGCUAAGUAUGGGAAGUCCCUGGAGGAUGACUUGAUCGGAGACACUUCUGGAAAUUUUAAGCGUUUAAUGGUCUCUCUUUGCUGUGGCAGAAGAGACGAAUCGUUUUCAGUUGAUCCAAUUAGGGCUGCUGAAGAUGCAAAACAACUUCUACGAGCUGGAGAACUUCGUUUUGGUACUGACGAAUCAGUGUUUAACACGAUACUCGUCCAAAGAAAUAUAGCUCAAUUACAACUAAUUUUUAACGAGUAUCAGAACAUAACUGGCCAUGACAUUGAGGAAGCUAUCGAGAACGAAUUUUCAGGCGAUAUUAAAAAGGGCUUGCUAGCUAUUGUUAAGUGUGUGAAGAACAGAGCAGGAUUUUUCGCUGAAUUGCUUUACAAAAGUAUGAAAGGCAUUGGUACCGAUGACAAAAGUCUUAUAAGAUUGGUCGUUACGAGAUCUGAAGUUGAUAUGGGAGAAAUAAAGCAAUCUUUUUUGCAGCAGUAUAGUAAAUCUUUGGAAGAAUUCAUUAGUGGUGAUUGCUCAGGUCAUUACAAAAAAUGUCUUCUUGCCAUUAUCUCGUAAUUAAGAACUUUGUAAUGAAAAACAUCUCACGUCCUUGGACUUGCAUUUAUUCGUUUAUUUAUUUAUUGCACUUAUUAAAAAUUAUAAAUAAAUCUCCAAUGUUAAUAUUUUGUAAAAUUUUCUUAGCAAGAUCAUGUACAUUCUAAAAAAGUUAGCAAUUUCUUAUGUACUAUUACAUCAAAAAUUAAAUGUGAUAUCUAGGGAUUUUCUCUAAUGAUAAAUAUAUCAACUAUUUAACAUUUAUAUCUAUUGAUGAAAAAAAAUCAAUUAAAAUAUGUUCUAUGUGCAGAAUAUUUGUGUAUAAAUGUAUCAAUCAUAAAUACAGCACGAAAAUAGCUAAGUGCAAAUAUGUUUUUGAUGCACUUUGUUGUAAAAAUGUAAUUAAAAUGACUAGAAUCAAAUUUUUCGUUUGACUCAUAGCCAUUUGGUACGUACUUAAAAAAGAUUUAUGUAGCAAUUUUAAUUUGAAGUGCCUGUGUUCUGUAACUUUACUGUCCUAUAAUUUAAAAAUAAUUAUAAAAAUAAUUAUUGCCAUGAGUGAGUAUAAUGGCUGUAACAAAAAGACGUUUUGAGUUUCUAGAAAUAAAUUAAAUUUCAUGUAA